AUGGCACCAAAGGUCAUAUCUAAGGGCAGCGACCGCGCAGGUGGUGUCCUGCCCGUCAAUGCUGCCACACGAGCAGCUGCCAGCAAUAAGCCGGCGAGUAGACUGAAACUCGAGAUUCGCCGACUCCCUCCCGGCCUGACACUAAGUGAGUUCGAGGAGGUUCUGGGGGAAGAGUGGAAGCUUGGGAAAGGGAAAGUGGACUGGCGAGAGUACAGACAGGGCAAGCUGAAGGCACCGGGCAAGAUACCGGAACAGAGUCGCUGCUAUGUCCACCUCGCCAACGAGACAGUAAUCAAGGAGUUCGAGCAGCGAUUCCUGAGCAUCGUAUUUCAUGACAAGGCGGGUACACACAAACAUGCCGAGCUCAAGCAUCUCCCACCCACGCUUGGUUUUGCGCCGAGUCAGAGGACGCCCUUGCAGGUGAAGCAGAGGGCAGACAAUCGACAGGGCACGAUCGAUCAGGACCCGGAGUUUAUUGAGUUCUUGGAGGCGGAAACACAGCCAUUAGGUAGACCCUCAGCACCAGAGCAGAAUGCAGGCAAAGAUCAUGACCCUGUGAAGACCACACCAUUGAUCGAGGAUCUCAGGGAGAGGAAAGCACAGAGAGCCAAGGCGGCCGCUGAGAAAGCCGAGAAGAAGAAGACGGAGGAUAAGAAGGCUGCUGGGCAUGCUAGGAGCGGUAGUAAGGAUGCUAUUGCUGAAAAGGGCGAGACGAAGAAUACGCAGCAGAAAGUUGAGCAAGCGGCCAAAGAGGCAGCGAAGGUGCUGAAUAAACAGGCGGCGACGAAGCAGCAGCAGGCUACUAUUGCGGGACAAGCGACGAGUGCUAAGGGCGUCGCAUCGCCUGCCAAAGCCAAGAAAGCUGCGCCUUCGCCUCGACAGCAGAAUGCUACGCCUGUGCAAACAACGGCAGCUACAAGUGCUCAUUCGGUGGCGAGCCCUGGACCUGCUAGUCCGGCGCCUGAUCGUAGACCGCCAGGGCAGAGACAGCGCGGGAACGCUGACGGAAUCAAGAAGAUGCUGCAAAAGGAUCUGGGGAUACGAUCGAAGGCUACGACGACCGAUUCAUCUACAUCAUCGUCGAAACCAUCCGCAGUUGCGCGUGCGGUCGCGGAGACAGCUACAUCCUCACCUAUACCCUUGGCCACCACCCCGGCGCCAGCUACAACCAAAGCCCCGGCUAUCAGCAAACCAGCUCCCAUACCGUUAGCCUCAACAACAAAAGCCUACCUCAAACACGCCAAUCCUUCCCAAGGAAUGACAGAAAUCCUGAUCCUACGCUCCCUCUCCGAAUUCGGCGAGGUUACAAACGUGACCAUCGAUCCGAGGAAAGGUACCGCAAUAGCGAACUUCAAGGACAAUGAGGGUUUGAAGAAGGCGAUGGCUGAAAGAAAGGUUUCUGUGGCUAGUGGGGCUGUGGAGGUACUGGAGUUCAGGGAGGGGAGUUCGCGGGGUCCGAGCAGCAGUGUGCGAGGGAGAGGUGGCUUCAGGGGUGGUAAAGGGGGAGGCAGAGGUGGUGCUGCGGCCGCUGGGUCGCCGGCGAGUAGUGCCAGUGGGACGCCUGCACCAGCUGCGUAG